GGAGCGGGGCGAGGGAGGUUGGUAAGCAGAGAAACGGAGAGUCCUGGCGGUGUUGGAGCCGGCCUCUCCGGGCUUGCAGCAGCGGGAAGACACGCUUCCGCGCCCGCCGUUGAUUGUAAGCCGGCGGCUUCCUUCUCGCGUGGUGGUUCCCAAGCAAGGCUGCUAAAAUGUCAAGCCAGAAGAAGUGUCCAGAUUGUGGCUCCUUGGAAAUUGUAGAGGACUCUCAUUAUGCACAGAAUCAGCUAGUGUGUGCAAACUGUGGCUUCAUUCUGACUGAAGGACUUCUCACGACCACAUUUGCUGAUGAAGAGCAUUUACAAGAAGUGGCAUAUUCACGCAGUACUGGUCAGAGUGAGCAACUGAGCCGCUGUGUGCAGCGAGGGAUCAGGCGUGUCCGGGAUCUUUGCAAAGUCCUCCGGCUUCCUUCUCCAUUUGAAGAUACAGCUAUAUCCUAUUACCAACAGGCAAUGAAAUGCCCCUGCUUUGCUUUCGUCAGCUUGGAGAAGAAGGAGAUGAUCGUGGGUUGUUGCGUCUUUGUGACCUGCCGGCAGCGCAACUGGCCCCUGACCAUGGGCACAAUCUGCUUGCUACUUUAUGCAGACAAAGAGCUGUUUGCUACAACUUACCUGCGCUUCUUGAAGGAACUGGCCCUGGAUGUGCCUGCUCUAAGCUUGAUAGAUCUGGUAAAAACACACCUCAAUAGCUUCAAGCUUUUCCAGACAUCGGCCAGCAUCCCGACCAAGUUUCUGGAGGACAAGGAGCAGCUGGUGGCAAGGACAGUCCAGAUGGUGGAGCUUGCCAGUGAGACGUGGCUGGUGACUGGCCGGCACCCCAUCCCCAUCAUGACGGCAUCGGCCUUCCUGGCCUGGCAGUCCCUGCGGCCCGUCGAUCGCCUCACUUGCACCCUUUCCCAGUUCUGCAAACUUGCCGGGAUGGACACACCACGGCCAGCCCACCAGAGGCUGAAAGAACUGCAUAGCAUCCUCCUUCAGAUGGCUUCCCAACUGGGCUGGUUGCGAGUGCUCAAGGUGGACCGGAAGACCGUGGCCAAGUACAUUGGGGACCUGCUGCGGCAUCGCCGCGUGCUCCUGCAGGCCGCCUUCCGCAUUGUGGAUACUGUGGAAGCUUGCGAUCUCGAAAGCUCAGCAGCAGCAGCACCUCCGCAACUAACAGAAGAAGGGGCUGCAGCAGUAGCAACGGCUUCCCUUGCGGGAGAGAAGCGGAAACGCAGCAGAGAGCGGCUCCCCUUGCUCCCGCCUUGCGUCCUGAACCCCGCAAAGAAGCUGCGGGCUGCCGAUCCGGGCCCCGAGAGCUCUGCGAUCACUGGGGACGAGCCAAUUUCAGACAGUGAGAUAGAGCAGUAUAUCCGGACGCCAGAAGAAAAGGAGAUGUUCAGCAAGGCUCAAGCCUGCCUAAGACACCCUCCGUGCUGCAAGUGAUUCACAGAGGCAUGUGACCAAUGACGGUGCAGGUUCGGUCCCUUGUUCUUGGGGCCCAGAGUCCCACAGCUGUUUCCAUCCUGAUUUUAGGGCGGUGAGGGGGGCAACUUGUGGCUCUCCAGAUGUUGUUGGAGUGCAACUCCCAUUAGCCCCAACCAGCAUAGCCAAUGUUGAGGGAUGAUGGGACUUGCAGUCUAAGAAUAUCUGGAGGGCCACAAGUUACCCACUUCAGUUUGAGGGGUUCCUCUCCUUUCCUUGAUGUUCAAAUAACACUGCCUUCUGCCACCCAUACUUGGGAGAGUCUAUGAAGACUAUAGAACAGCUUCAUAUUAGAACAUUAACUGUAGAAAUCCUCGGUACGCAUUGGCUGAGAUCUAACAUUUACUUCAAGAAUAGCUUUCCUGCAUAGUCCUAAUCGAGGUGGAUUUAAAUCUGAUUUGCCUCGAUCACGUUUCCAAUCCUUCAUGGGGAGAGAGAUGCCAUAAAUGUUUGUUCCUGGACAUCAUACCAACAUCCAGAGGUAGGUGGUGAGUCAAUCCAUUCUCUCUCUGAUUAAUGGGGGUGUUUAAUUUCCCUCCCCACUGCCCCCCCCCCACUAUUGAGGAACAAGAUUUCUUGGUCACAUGGGAAUGACAGAUCUGAUGUGUUUUAUUAUUUGGAUUGUUGAUGGGCAUAUAAAUCCAUGAACUGCUGUGUAACGAUGGCUAAACUGCAUCGCUGCUGGACUUCAGGAAAACUUGACUUUACAACUGACCAGAUACUGAAGUGUGUAGGUUGUGAAAGUUUCAGAGGAGCAGAAAACUGCCAUCUCGGCCCUGUGGGGAAGAAGAAGGA